CGACAUCAUCUCCCCGACGCCGUCCUGCGCUAUCCUGCAUCGCCCUGCGCUGCCCUGUAUCCUCCGUAUCGCCAGGACAAAGCCUCCGCCUCCACACCACACCCUCCCAGCGCCCGUCUUCGGCCUCGACUCCAUCCAUCGCAGGUGGCCAGCAGCCAAGCAGCUCCACCCGGAUCUCACAUAUACCGGUCGUUCUUCUCCGUCCUUGCCGCCGAUAUCAUCGUCCAUCCUUCAACAUGAACCCGUAUAUCGACCCAACCGCCAACCCCGAAUUUGCCAUUCCUCCUCGCAGGGUGGUGCCUGUGACGACCCGCCAACGCCGCCCGCCAUCCGACGAGUCCGCUUUCCGAACUCCUCCCCGCCGUGCCGACCACCAUCCCGUCAACAACCACAGCCAUUCAGCCCCAAUUCCAGGCCCCAGCAGCUUCGGCGCUUCGCAGCACCGCCGAGCGUCUGCAGUUCCAACGACAUCUGUCCCGCCGGUUCCUCCGAGAGCAAGCCCGAGCUACUAUCGCAUUCAGUUGAACCAUCUGCCCACAGAGUUUUCAAAUCUUACCAUCAUCCAGACCGGCGCUGCCCCGAGCCAAGGGAGUCUCUGUCAGUCGCCUGCGACGGCCCCAUUGCAGUCAUCCUCGCAGCAGGUCGAUGUGGAUCCAUUGAUCCACGAGGGGGCGCUCGCCUACAGCAAGUUUCAGUACCAGGCCGCCAUCCACCACUGGAGCCUGGCCCUGGAGAUCGCCUCUCGCAACCAAGACUACUACAACAAAGCCAAGAUCCUCUCCAAUCUCUCCAACGCCUUCCGGGCACUCGGACAGAUCGUCAAAAGCAAGGCCUACAUUGGCGAUGCCCUCAACACCGCCGUCACUCUCAUCCGGCUGCUCCAGCACCACGACAGCUUCAACGUGUGGAUGAACCAGGUUGUUCACUACGUCCUGCCAUGUCUGGCCGAGCCCGAGUCGAGCAACGGUCAGUUCGGCUGGGACUCUCCGUCCUCGAUGCCGAAACUUCCGGCCCAGCCCGGGCCCUGGCUGAUUGUCUGGUUCCUCGAGCUCAUGAGCACCAACGGAAACGCACUGUUUGCCAUCAGGCAGGUUUUCCGUGCCAUCCAGGUGCACAGCCAAUGCUACAACAUUGCGCGCAGCAUCUUUGAAGAGUAUCCGCUCCCUGGAGGAGUCGUCCUGCCUUCGCCCGGCUCGACAGGGUCGCGCCGAGAGAAACAUGGCAAGACCAUCCGCUUUUCGUAUCUGCACCGGUCGCUGAUCUCGGCCCAGUCCCGGGCCCUGACCCAUUUGGGCAUCUGCAACCAAUUUCUCGGCUUGGACCAGAUAGCUGCCAACUACCAUGAUCAAGCCCUUGCGCUCGUCGACUUUUACACAUCCCAGAUCGGCCCCGUGGAGCACUUUGGACGGCGCAAGUCUGAAUCGCAGCAGGACACAUCCUACAUGGAGGAGUAUCGGGCCCACAUCCUCGCCAACAAAGCGAACGCCAAGUUUGCGCUUGGGGACGUAGCAUCAGCCACCGAGAAUCACCAAAUGUCCCUCAAGGAGUUCCGGCGGCUCAAGCGGCCGAGAUACGAAGCAAUCGAACAGGCCAACCUGGCGACAAUCUCUGUGCACGUCGGCUAUCGCGUCAAUCUCAUCCACUGGAUCAAGAGCAUCGAGAAGGCCAUAGCCGAGGACGCAGACCUCCGCAGCUUUGAAAAGUUUUGGGGCCCCUGUCGAAUUGCCGAAGUCAAUGUGCACAAGAUGGCACACGAGCUUCCCACCGACCAGUCUGGGCCCAUGAGUGCAGGCUCGGGAUUCAUCAGCAACGGAAUCAACAUGACGUACGACAGUAUCGACAUGCUCAAGUCGUGCCAGGAUUGGAUGAGUCUUUGCAUGAUCUGGGUCAAUAUCGCAUCGGCAUUCAACGCCCAGGGACAGCCGUACUAUGCCCUGUACUAUCUCGAACGAGUCAUCCAGUCAAUGGAUCGCGAAUGGCACAACGUGAAUCAGGCGCGCCAGGAGGAUCUUAUUGACGAGUCUUUGAAGCUCAUCGCCACAGACUUUCCCGAGAUCAUUCGUCCCCAAGUUGAGUCGGCGCUCACCCAGGCCCUCUUUCAUUUGGCUCGUAUCAGCAGCACCGACCAGACCGUCGAUCUCUUCCCGGCCUCGCAUUACAGCGAGCUGUCUGGCUUGCCCAUCUACGAUGCCGAGCCCAUCAACGAACUGCUGGCCGCGCUCCGGAUCGACGCCAAGGCGGACAUGUUCCAGGACCAAGGCACGCUGAUCAGCCUCUUGUCCAAACAUGCCGAAGACCUGUAUCUGUACAUAAGCGAGCACGCCAAAGCCUCGUCGUCGAUCCGGCAAGUGCUUCCCUUGCCGGCCAACAGAGCGUACAUGGAUGUCUUCCGCAAGUCCAAUAUCGUUUGCUCGAACACGAUCGGCAAGAUCUACUGGGAGCUGAUCAUUCAGUUCGCCGGCAACAUGCUGAACGGCAGCGACACCAAGCUGCUCGAGGACUUUUUGCAGUCGGGCUUGAACGCCUUCACACACGGCGUGCGCGAGGUCGACGCCAUAGUCUCGGCCCGGCGGUCCAACAACUACCUCCGCAUUGGCGACAAGGCCUUCCAACUUGUCAUCAACAAUACUGCCGAGCACCUCUACGGCGUCCUCGGAGCAUUUGGCGCGUCAAUGCUGGCCCUGAUUGUGGAUCUGAGUCGCUACACGCAGCACGCACAGCAGUUCCACAUCGAUAUGACCGAGGCCUUUGGCUACCCGGGGACGCCACACCAUCUCUUUGAGCAGCAACUCCUCGAGUGCGCCCAGAAGAUGUGCUUUAUGGAUCUGGGAGUCUGUGCCAACUGCGUCAAUCGCCUGUGCAACCUCGCCAACCACCACUCGUACGAGGCCAGGAUGCUGCGGCUGGAGUCCAAUCCAGAGGAGGAGUUUGAAAACCUCGGCGUCGACACCCUGGAUCUCCUGCAAGACGCUUCAAGGCUGAACUGCGACUGUGGAAAGGACGAUGCUCGUCGCCAAGUCUCAUCAUCCUCGUCGUCGAUGCGCUAGUGUUUCCGGCGCCGCCCGGUCUCUGGCUUGGAUCUGACUGGGACUCGCCUCCAGUAUGCAAUUUUUUGCUUCUUCCCUCCCCGCCCCCAAUCGAUCCCUCCCGAUUCCGCCUGUUUAGUACCCGACUCAUCCGUCGCCUUCCAUUCGGACCUGCUGUGUUGUGCCUCGACACCAUGAUUUCCUUACGCAAGUCGUUUCUGUCUGUGCCGUGCGCGGCUGCAUUAACGCGGCUGUAUCAUUCCUCACGAGCCCUCGAUGCUCCAUUCGCCCUAUUUUCUGUGCUUCUUCCCGCCGUUUGUUUGAGUUGUAUCUUUGCCAUUCUCGCGGACUCGCUGUGCAACUCGCGCUUGCUACAAAUACCAUGCUUCUCGCGCCCUCAA